AUGGAGAAGUUUGACUGCCCAAGCAAGUUCAUCACGAUCGUCCGACAGUUCCAUGACGGAAUGUCCAUGGUCUUUUCAGCCAUGCUGACAGACGCCUUCCGUGAUUACCAGGAUGGGAUACACGUCAGGUACAGGACUGACAGUAGACUGUUCAACCUCAGGUGCCAGCAGGUUGUUAACAAGGUGAAGGUGACUGUCAGCAGAGACUUCCUGUUUGCUGAUGACUGCGCCCUCAACUCCGGCACAAAGCAGAAGAUGCAGCAUGAAAUGGACUGUUUCUCAAGAGCCUGUGACAUCUUCGGUCUCAUCAUAAGCACCAAAAAGAUUGAAGUUAUGAAACACAUCAUGGAGAAGGGACAGGAACUCCAGGCUGUCGACAGCUUCACCUAUCUGGGCAGCACACUUUCAAGAGCGGUGAACAUUGAUGCAGAAGUCAUCAAUAGGAUUGCCAAGGCCAGCUCUGCCUUUGGAAGACUCCGUGAGAAUGUUUGGGAGCGGAGAGGACUCAGCCUUACCACCAAGCUGAAGGUCUACCGUGCAGUGGUGCUCACCACCCUACUUUACGCCUGUGAGACCUGGGCUGUCUACAGCAGACAUGCUAAACAGCUCAACCGCUUUCACUUGAGCUGCCUCCGCAGACUCCUGCGCAUCAAAUGGCAGGACAAAAUCUCUGACACGGAAGUCCUGGAACUGGCCAGCAUCCCCAGUAUCCACACCCUUCUACAGAAAGCGCAGGUCAGAUGGGCAGGGCAUGUUGUCAGAAUGGUGGACAGUCGACUGCCAGAACAGCUACUGUACGGAGAACUUUGCGAAGGCAAGCGCUCAGUUGGGGGACAGAAGAAACGUGGACAUGAACAUCAACGUCAGCACUUGGGAGCAGCUUGUUACCAAUCGCUCAACUUGGCGAAGCAAAGUCUUCACAGGUGCCUGUGCAGCAGAGAAGCGACGUAUGACGGAAGUGCAGAAGAAACGUGCAGCGCGCAAAGCUCGAGCUGCUUACACUUCCAACGCAGCACCCACCCACACCUGUCCCGUGUGUGGGCGAGCCCUCGGGCCCGGAUCGGCCUCAUCAAUCAUCUCGGGACCCACAGCAACUGA